AUGGUUGAAACUGUGAACAAUGCAACAAGCCAAGUCAUGGCAAAAUGGGAAGCCUUUGUGAAGGAGAGUGGAGACAUGGAGAGGGAGCUAGAUGUUCAAGUUGAGUUCAUGUGCUUGAAUGUGGAUGUUGUAGCAAGGACAACACUGGGGCCAAUCCCCUUCGGUAUAAACGUUGAGCGGUGGAAAGUACGGAAACAGCUAAAUGACCUUGUUCGUAAGCAAGUGAGAGAGCGAAGAAAGAAGACAACAGAAGGCAAUAACGUUGAUUUUAUUGGGAAACUUUUGGAUAAUCCAGAUGUUAGAGAAGACGUGAUUGUUGCGGAGUUGAAAACACUCUAUGCUACAGGGUUUAUCAGCUUGGCCCCACUUCUCUCAUUCACAAUGUUGAUGCUGGCUCUCCAUCCCAGUUGGCAAGAAAAGGCAAGACAAGAAGUUGACCACGUUCUGGAUGGAGGAUUUGUUAGUCCCAAAGAUAUUGAGAUGAUUCUGCGCGAGACAUUGAGGCUGUAUCCCACAAUGCCGCUCAUCACAAGAUUGUGCAUUAAAGACACUAUGGUGGGGGACGUGUCCAUUCCCAAAGGACUGGGGGUGAGCGUUAAUGUUGUUGCGCUGCAUCAUGACCCAGAUCUGUGGGGAGAUGAUGUAAAUGAAUUCAACCCAUCCCGCUUCAAGAAUGGUACAGCAACUGCAGCCAAGCAUCCCAUGGCGUUCAUGCCAUUUGCCUAUGGAGUUCGAACCUGCAUUGGAAGGGCCUUCUCUGAGGUGCAGUGCAAAGUAAUCAUUGCUAACAUCUUUCAGAGAUUCGAGGUUAAAUUGUCUCCAAAUUACCGGCACCACCCAGUCAUUACAGGACCCCUGAUCCCAAAGCAUGGCAUGCCUGUCAUACUCAAGCCAAGGCGGAACUUCUAA